ACUUCCCGGGACUCCUUCCGGGGUCAGGAGUGGCACCGUGGCCAACUAGGAGGGAGGCGUCGGGGAAAGGCAGGCCGGGCAGCUCUCUGCCCCACCCGCUCCCGUCCUCGCCAUGUGGAUCCGCCCCUGCGCUGCUCCCUGGCGCCCUGCCCGGCCCCUGCUCGCCCUCCGCGGGGCCUGGGGGGAGCCCUGGGGCCUCCCCCGGGACCCCCUGGCCCGGCCCGCCCGGCGUUGGGUGAGGAAGAAGCCCCUGCCCCUUCUCAAGUUGAGGGAGGUGCCCGUGACUCUGACCGAAAUCUGCCAGUACCUGCGGGCCCGCGGCAUCCCCUUCCACGACGGCCACUGCUGCCUCCGCGUCCCCAGCCCCUUCGCCGGCCGGGAAGGGGAGGCCGCCCGCCGCAGCCUGUGCAUCGACAAGACGACGGGCCGCUUCCUGUGCACCGCCAGCCUGGCGGAGGGCAGCUGGCAGGACUUCCAGGCCCACGUGGAGCUGCCGGGGGAAGGGGCCGCGGAGCCGCCGGGGGAGCCGGUCCUGGGCCCGGCCGACGCCGAGGACGUGCGGCGCCUGUGGGCCCGGGCCCUGCCCCUCUGGGAGCUGCCGGACUGGGAGGACGAGGAGGAGUCCGAGGCCCUGCGGGCCCGGGCCGCCUUCGGCCUGUCCGACGUGUCGGACUCGACGCUGAGGCGCUUCUCCGUGCGCUACUUGCGCGGGGCCCGCAGCCUCGUCUUCCCCUGGUUCUGCCCCCGUAGCGGGAGCGGGCUGCGCGGGCUGAAGCUGCUGGCGGCAGAGUGCGAGGGCGACGGGGUCCGCUACGCGGAGACCACCCUGCCGCGGCCGGCCGCCUAUCUGAACCUCUUCGGCCUGCCGCUCAUCGGCCGCCGGGACGCCGAGGUGGUGCUGACCGGCCGGGAGCUGGACAGCCUGGCCCUGCACCAGGCCACGGGGAAGCCCACGCUGGCCCUGCCCCGCGGCACGGCCUCCCUGCCUCCGGCCCUGCUCCCCUACCUGGAGCCCUUCGAGCGCAUCGUGCUGUGGCUGGGCGAUGACCUGCGCGCCUGGGAGGCGGCCAAGCUCUUCGCCCGCAAGCUGAACCCAGAGCGCUGCUGGCUGGUGGUGCCCGGCGAGCGGCGGCCUCGGCCCCUGGACGCCCUGGCCCGGGGCCUGAACCUGCCCCACAUCCUGGGCGCGGCCCAGCCGGCCCACUGCCCCAAGGGCAUCAUUUCUUUCCGCCAGGUCUGUGACGAAGUGCUGAUGGAACUAGCCAACGCCGAGCAGGUGGCCGGUGUGCGGUGGAGCCGCUUCCCGGACCUGAACCGCCUCUUGAAGGGACAUCGUAAGGGGGAGCUCACUAUCGUCACGGGGCGGACGGGCAGCGGGAAGACGACGUUCAUCAGUGAGUACUCGCUGGACCUGUGGACGCAGGGCGUGAGCACGCUGUGGGGCAGCUUCGAGAUGGGCAACGAGCGGCUAGUCCAGGUCAUGCUCACCCAGUUCUCCCGGGGGCGGCUGGAGGAGGAGCCGAACCAGGAUGAUGCUUGGGCCGACAGAUUCGAGGACCUGCCGCUCUACUUCAUGACCUUACACGGGCAGCAGAACAUCAAUACUGUGUUGGACACCAUGCACCUUGCAGUCCACGUGCAUGACAUCUGCCACGUCAUCAUCGACAACCUGCAGUUGGUGAUGGGACAGAGGCAGCGGUCGGCAGACAGGCUCACGACCCAGGACAACGUCAUUGGGGCACUGAGGAAGUUCGCCACCGACAGCGGCUGCCACGUGACCGUGGUCGUCCACCCCCAUAAAGAGGACGACAAAAGAGAGCUGCAGGCAGACUCCAUUUCUAGGUUGGCUGAGGUGGCAGACAACGUCCUCAUCCUCCAGGACAGGAAGCUGGUAACGGCGCCAGGCAAGCGCUACCUGCAGGUGGCCAAGAACCGCUUUGAUGGGGAUUUGGGCACCUUCCCGCUGGAGUUCUGUAAGACCUCGUUGACCUUCUCCCCCCCAGUCAAGGGCAAGGCUCGGCCCAAGAAGGGGAAGGACGGCAACCAUCUGGCCUCCCCCAAGGUCCUGGGGGCCAGAAAGGAGGAGGAGGCCCCAGGGGAGCUGUGAGGUCAGCUGUACCCGGAUGCCACCGGCCACCCCACUACCACCCCAGCUAAGAACUGGGGCAUGAGGACAGGGAGCAGCAGGCUCUGGGAUGGAGGGGUUGGUGUCUACCUACCCCCCAGAGAGCAGCUCCAUGGCACUCUUCGCUACCGGGGGGCAGGUCUCAUCCUCGUCCUAUUGGCCGUCUCCGGGUCCUCUGGCCUUGGGUGCCCUGGGGCGCCAGUAUGACCCUGGACCUUGAGGGCAGGCAUAGCAUAUCUGUCUGUCUGGACAGCAGUACUUGAACCUUCGGCCACGAGGUUGACUCAGCUGUGGGGGCUCGGGGCCGUGAUCUCCGCCAGGCUGACCCCACGACACGGGCGCUGAGGGCUGGAGUAGGGGGAAGGUUUGCAGCUCCGUAGAGCAAGGAAGCAGGGGACAGGAGAGCAGGCGGGGAGGACAGCAGGUGGGAGUGACAGGCAGGAGUGGAGGGGACUCUGAGCCGAGGGCCUGUGGUCCCCCAUAACCCUCUAAACUGGAAUGGGGGCUGGCAGGGCUGCAGCCAGUGAAGGGGAGGAAGAGGGUGUGACCGGUCGGCGGCAGCCUUGGGUCUGAGCCAGAAGCCACCCCACCCCCAGCAAGACAGGCCAGAGGCAUCCAUCCACUCCCGCUGGCACAAACGCACAAAGCUUUUCAGGCCAUUUUUGAAAAAUGAAUAGAGGAGACCUGGUCUCUUGGGUGCCCAGUGCAAACGAGAAAGGUCAGGGCACUGGGGGUAUGGGGCAGGACCUUGUGCCCAUGAAGUCAGCCUGGGCUACUUGGCCCUCCCUGCCCCUGCCCCUUCAGUCCUCCCCGCGGGGCUGAACACAGCUCCGAGGCCUUAGGGCCCUCCAGAGAGGAACCCACAUUGAUCUUUUUGGCAAUUUUUGUGUUGAAAGAGUUGGGCUUUCAGCUUCCAUUCAUCUGUCCUCGGCUCUGGCCACCAGGAGUCAUUUAUUGCUUCAGUUGAUUAAAAGCUUAAAACCUUAAA